AUGGCCGCGUGUCGAGCGCACGCCCACUUGUCCCGAGUUUGCUUAUGUCUCGUGUUUAUUUCCGCCUUGGUGUUUGCUCAGCAGCAAAAUCAACCCAGCAACCGAUACUCCGUCAGGGAUUCACCGUACCUUCCACAAAACACCGGGGACUAUCGGACCUACCUUUACAAUGGCAGAAGGUACGGGCAGCAGCCCAACUAUCUGGACCCCCUUUACAACCGAGGACCUACGCGGGCCCCCGAGAGCCGCUACAACUACGGGGAUGUCACUCCUAGAUUACCAUUGCCAGGUGUGCUGAGCGGUUGGCGUGCAGAUCUCCAAGGACGAGAAAGACCAGAUUCGAAAACUUUGGAUCGAGAUGUUUACGUCGUGACAAAUUAUGGCCAAGUUCAAGGAUUUAAAGUGUAUUUAUAUGACAACCCUGAAGCCAGGCACAGACCUUGGAGCGUACCGGUAGAAAGGAUCACUGCAAAUGUCAAUGUUUUCUUAGGAAUACCAUACGCUACUCCGCCGGUUAAGGAAGGACGUUUUAAACCGCCUCGACCACACAAGGGAUGGCAACUUCUACAAGCCGUAGAUUGGGGACCAGCAUGUCCUCAACCUUACAGGUACACCGGUGUUUUGAAGGGUGUUAACGAUGUUGAUGAAGAUUGUCUUUAUCUGAAUAUUUUUUCACCCAAUAUUGAGUCUGGAUUGGCGAAACCAUAUGCUGUAAUGUUCUACAUUCAUGGCGGAGAGUUUACGCACGGAGCAAGCAAUUUAUUCCCAGCUCAUAUGUUGGCAGCAUUUUACGAAGUUGUUGUAGUAUCAUUGAAUUAUCGUCUUGGAGCACUUGGCUUCUUAAGCACGGGAGAUGAGAAUAGUCCUGGAAAUUAUGGCAUAUUGGAUCAAGCUAUGGCUUUGCGAUGGGUAUACGAUAACAUAGUGUAUUUCAAUGGAGAUCCUCAAAGCAUAACGAUUUUUGGUCCAGGCGCCGGAGCUGCCAGUGCUGGUCUUUUGAUGGUGGCUCCAAGAACACGGGACCUUGUGGCUAAAGUAAUAGCACAGUCUGGUUCAGCAUUGGCUGAAUGGGCGAUCAUACCUGAUAAAUAUCGGGUGCAGAACACUUCGAGAGUUUACGGUGAAAUGCUGGGUUGUAGUAUUGAAACAAGUUGGAAACUCGUCCAGUGUUUGAGAGAUAGUCGUAGUGCGAAUGACUUGGGCAAUUCUGAGUUCCAACCAGAUGUUGGAAUAUUUCCUUGGGGCCCAGUACUAGAUCAGAACUUCACUGUACCAAAAGACACUUGGUACGAAGACUGGGGAGCUUCUGAUUGGCAUUUGUUCAAUGAAAUGCCUGAAGAAUCUGUAAAAGCUCGCAAAUUUCGCAAAGGUCUUUCUUACAUGACAGGCGUUACAACACAAGAAGCAUCCUUCAUUAUAUAUGACAAUGACACAUUGGCGAGAAAUCAGUACACAAUAAACGCACAAAUUUUUGAUCAAAAACUCAAAGAACUAGUUCUGCGGUACAACUAUACACUAAAUCCAUUGGGUGUCUACGAAGCUAUAAAAUACAUGUACACUUACUGGCCUGAUCCCGACAAUGUAAUGUACAUUCGAGAUCAGUAUAUAAACCUGCUGUCAGACUUUCACUAUGUGGCACCUGCGGACAAAAUUGCCAAACUAUUGGUAGAACAAAAUGUUCCUGUUUACAUAUAUGUUUUGAAUACCACUAUUGAAGCCUUGAGAUAUCCGUGGUGGAGACGUGUUCCCCAUGACAUAGAACAUUUGUGGUUAACUGGUGCACCAUUCAUGGAUGUGGAGUUUUUUCCCACUAAACUGAAGUUAGAUAGAAAGUUGUGGACGGACAGUGAUCGAAAUAUGAGUCACUUUUUCAUGAAAGCUUAUUCCAAUUUUGCUAGAUAUGGAAACCCGACACCAUCACAAAUACAUGGCCUGCAUUUUGAUAUGGCUAAACAAGGACAGCUUCGGUAUCUCAACAUCAAUACGACUUUCAACAGUUCAAUUUUAAUAAAUUAUCGACAGACUGAAAGUGCCUUCUGGUCCAUGUAUCUUCCGACAGUCAUUGGACGACUGGUUCCCACGUAUCCUCCAGUCACAGAGUAUUGGUGGGAACCGAAGCAACCUCUUCAAAUUGCAUUUUGGUCAAUGUCUACGGCGUGCUUGCUGCUGGUUGUAUUAUCUGUGGUCUGUUGUAUGCUGUGGCGAAAUGCCAAAAGACAAUCUGAUCACUACUACAGCGGAGACAUCUUGAUGAUGCGAGAAGAUAAUCAUUCGCAGGGAAUAGAGAACUUGACCCAAAGUUCCAAGGAAAAUGUUUAUGAGUACAAAGAUGCUCCAACAAUGAAGUCGCGUGUACCGCGCCAAAACGAAAGCAAGCUUCAAGAGCGUUUAGCUCAGAACCGUAAAUUCAGUUCAACACCAUCGUUAAGGACUAAUUCUAACAGUUCUUUGAAAGAUAUGCGAUCUGAUACUUUUGUCACAAGUUCACCUAAUGGGCAACCAAAAAUAAACAAAGCUAGAAGUCAGAAUUCUUUACCGAAAAGCAAAAGUAAGACUCAAUUAGUUCAAGGUGUUCCACAAACAGCCGUUUAACUUAAUUAACUGUUAUUGAUCGUUACUCUCUGCAGAGAAUACAAUGUUUGCGAAAAAAAAUGGAGUAUCAUCAAUUUACAACUAUUGUAAAACUGUUGGUAACGUAUUUUCAACAUAGCCUUAAAUAUAUUUACAUUCCGCCCUGAUGUCGGAUGCAAUUAAUCGACAGAUCGGCUUUCCAAUUAAUUGCUCAAUCGAAAUUUAAUCGAGCAGCCCUAAUCUGUCAUAAAAAUUGUACAUGUUUCA